UUGAAAGCUGUCUCCUCUCACUCACUCACUUCACGCUCGUUCUAUCUGUCUUCCUAACCUCUCAUACCAACAUGAACUCGACUGGCGCUGGCGCGGUCGUCAAUCCGUUUUUCCUCCUCGGCCGCGGCGUCCAAAAGAAGGAAAGCGUCGCUUUCACCUUCGUCUACGCCCUCUUCCUCGUCCUCCUAUGUCUCCGCCUCGCUGGCCGGCCAAAGUUCUGGCUCAUAUACAUCUUCGUCGUCCUAUUCACCGGCUCGCGCGUCGCGACGUUCAUUGUGCGGUGGCUCCUCGCCGACGCCUCUCCGAGCGAUGACUCUUACAAGAUCUUGCUCAUCAUCGCAGGCGUUUUUGUUGUGGCCGGCUUUCUGUUCCUCGUCGAGGCCGUCUUAAGCCUCCUCUUUGAGUGGUUCUGCAUCUUACGGGAGGUCGACAACCCCCGUUUGCGCCACAUCAUGAUUCCCAUUCGGCACAGUGUCGUUUUGGGCAUCUCUAUCCUUGGCAUUGUCGGCGCAGUCCUACAGAUCACCGCACUUGAUUCUCUGAAUCUUCGGCAGUUUGAUGUGGCCAAAGCCCUCCGACAGGCGAGCGGUGCGCUUUUCAUGGUCGUAUCGGCUCAUCUCAUGCUCUCCCCUUUGGGCCUGUUGCUCAUGUAUAACCCGAUUGCGGUGAAGAGAGCGAUCCCUACCGCUGUCAUCUCGAUCUGCGGGACGGCACUCAUGUUGGAAAGCCUAUUCCGCGUCGUUGCGGCAAGCGUGACGUCUGGAUGGUUCCUGACCCAGAACGCGCUCAACAUCCUGCUCUUCAUGCCGGAGGUGGUGGUCCUGCUGGCCUUUACACUGCUGGACAUGGAUGACCUGCGCAAUGUCGGCUUGGUGAGCUGUACGAAGCACGGCUACGAUUCCACGCCUUCGGCAAGUACCAAAGGCGCGGAUGCAGAGGCGCAUCAAAUGGGGGCCAUGCAUUGAUAGCAUGAUAGAGUGAUUGUAGCUAUUCAUGGACACUGAGGCUGAGAUGUGAUGGAAAGCGGUGUCGGAGGAGAUAUACCGGGAGGCGCGUGCUCCAGGGGUGAUGCGUCAUUUUGUGGCCGCCGCCGCCGCCGCAUUCUCUGUUGUCGUCAUUCC